AUGGGCCUCAAGUUCCGUGGCCUUAUCGGCCCCAAGAAUGUCGGCAACGCCCCCGUCAUCCAAGAAAAGCAGCACGAUGCCGAGAAUCCCCAACUUGGUACCGACAAGGAGCUCGAUCCGGCCGUGAACACAGCUGGUGAGCCCGUCUCUGAGUCGAGUUCCCAACGGGGAGAGCACGAGAAAGAAUUGCAGUUUGGUGUCCAGGUCGCCGCGGCCACCAACCAGGUAUGGACGAAGCAGCACUUGAUUGCUGCCUAUGUCAUCAUGUGGCUCAUCAACUUUGUCAAUGCCUUCGCAUCUGGUGUUGCCGGUACCUUGACGACCUACGCCGUUAGUGACUUCCAAAUGCACUCCUUGGUGUCCACGACUAGUAUCUUGGCUGGUCUCAUCCCCGGUCUUACCAAGCUCGCCUACGCAAAGUAUAUCGACAACUUUGGACGUCCCCAAGGUUUCCUAUUGGCAGUCCUUUUCCAGACUCUCGGUUUAGUCAUGUUCGCUGGCUGCAACAAUGUCACCACUUACUGCGCCGCCGCCGUCUUUUAUUACACUGGCUACUCAUGGCUCGAUUUUACCAUUACCAUCUUCGUCGCCGACACAUCUAAGCUCAAGAACCGAGCUUUCAUGAUUGCCUACGUUUCAUCGCCAUGGCUGAUCACCACCUGGAUAUAUGGUCUCGCAUGUGAAGAUAUUGUUGCCGACGGUGGUAUCGGUUGGCGAUGGGGUUUCGGCAUCAUGGCCAUCAUCGUCCCGCUUGUCUGUGCCCCGCUUUGGUUCUUGUUCUUCUUCAACCAACAGAAGGCCAUCAAGCGCGGUCUUGUUCACGUCACCCCCCACGGCCGUAGCCUCUUCGCAAACAUCAUGUUUUACUGCCGAGAAUUUGAUAUCUUUGGUAUCUUCCUAGCUGCUUUCGGUAUUGGCCUAUUCUUGCUGUCAUUCAGCUUGUUCUCAUACCAGACGGACACAUGGCGGUCGCCUUUGAUCAUCUGCUUCCUCAUCUUCGGUGGCCUCCUGAUCAUUGCAUUCGUCAUCUGGGAGAAGUACUUCGCCCCUGUGACUUUCAUCCCCUGGCAUCUGAUUACAAACCGCACUGUCUUCUUCACCUACACCAUGAUGGCAUCCCUCUACACCGCCUGGUACCUGUGGGACAAUUACUUCUACUCAUUCUGUAUCGUGGUCUUUAACUUAAGCGUCCAGAAUGCCACCUAUAUGGGCAACGUCUACACCAUGGGAAGUACCUUCUGGGCCAUCCUGUUUGGUAUCUUCAUCCGCUACAACGGCCGUCUCAAGUGGCCCGCCGUCUUCUUUGGUGUUCCCAUGACCAUUCUUGGUGUUGGUUUGAUGAUUCACUUCCGGCAACCCGACGUCAACGUUGGCUAUGUCGUCAUGUGUCUGAUCUUCAUCGCGUUUGGUGGUGGUACUCUGGUUAUUUGCGAGCAGAUGACUGUCAUGGCCGUUUCCAAGCACGCCGAUAUUCCCGCUAUCCUCGCCAUGGAGGGUAUGGUUGCUGCCAUGGGACAGAGUAUUGGAUCGACCAUUGCAGCAGCCAUGUGGACCGGCAUAUUCCCAUUCAAGCUUCAGGAGUAUCUCCCAGCUGAGUCCCUAGGAGACUGGGCUACCAUCUAUGGUGACCUUACCGUACAAGCCUCCUACCCCGUCGGCAGCCCCACUCGUGACGGUAUCAACCAGGCCUACGGCGCAACGCAAAGGUUGAUGCUGAUAGCCGCUGUGUGCAUGUAUUCCAUCACCUGGGGUAGCACCUUCAUGUGGGAGAGCAUCAAUGUCAAGAACAUUGAAUCGCAGAAUGGAGCGACAAUGUGGUAA